AUGAGCGCACCUUCACUUCCCCCAGUUCCACCACGGCCCUACGAUUCGAACCAGAGGCAGAAUUCACUACCACCACCUGUUCCCCCGCUACCACCAGACUAUCGAGGAAACUACAGUUCUCCUCCUCAUUUCGACAAUCCCCUCGCUGCACCGAGACCGUACAGAGCAGAUCCUUCAAUACCGGCGAAUAUGGCCCAAUCGCUUGAGGCGUCGAGUGUCAACUACAGCCCUGGCUUUGUUGUACCUAAUAGAGGCCCGUCACCAUUGCCGCCGCAGGGGGGAUACCCUCAGCGAGGCGCCUCGCCGCUGCCUCCACCCCAGGGUACGAACUGGCAGCCCUGGAACGCUUACAGUUCCCCCCCACCACCUCAAGCACCCUACGUACCUCAGCAAGCACCAUAUCCACCUCAGCAAGCACCAUACCCGCCCCAGCAAGCACCUUACCCCCCGCAACCAUACGCUGCGCCUCCACCACCGCAACAACCUCCGCACUACGCACAAUCACCUCCAAUCCCCCAUUCCAGCUCGAUCGAACACGGCAUGGCAAAUCUUUCCUUUUCACCCCAGCAACCGCAGCAAUCCAACUUCCAUCGGACCCCCUCCAUCAUGUCGACGUACGGGCCUCCACCAAAAGCUCCUUCGCCCCCACGGAGUACGGCGGCGGCUCCAUCUCUGACAGCCACCCUUCCCACCAUCGCGACCUUGCUCCAGGCGCUACCGACCGUUCAAUCACCUUCGCACGACCCGACGCUCAGGCUGGCGUGGGCGCGUGAUGUCAUCUUCCUCGUCAACCGCAGCCAGAAUUCCCAGUCAAACGAUAUACCCGUGGGGCCGGCUACCAUCUCUGACCCUCAGCUCGCGCGUCUUGUACAGACUGCCGUUCCGCUCGUCGUCGAGCUCGCGUCGCCCAGGUCACCCCAGACACCAGUCCCUGCGUACGUCGCCGAGGCCAUCUACUGGCGCGCCACUUUCGAAGCGUCAGGCGCCUUCCCAGACCACGUUCGUCACGACCCACGUUCUGCGUUCCGAGACUUCGAGUCGGCGGCAAGAUCGGGGUACCACGCCGCGUGGUUUAGAUUGGGCAGAGAUUACGAGAAUUUCAACGAUGUCUCGCACGCGAAGGAUUGUUUUGAGAGAGGUGUGAAGUAUGGAGUAGAAAGCUGCCUCUACCGAUUGGGAAUGGCGCAUCUUAUGGGUCAACUCGGUCUACCAGCCAAUGUCGAUCUGGCUAUUCCACUCCUCCAUAGAGCUGCCACGCUAGCUUCUCUCGAUGUUCCUCAACCCGCCUACGUCUAUGCCCUCCUUCUCCUUGGUGAAUUCUCCCACAUCACCGUGCCCGCUUCCGCUUUCGCGUCGGUCAUCCCCCAAUCGUCAUCCCCUGCGCUCGACGCCCGCAAGCACCUCGAACGAGCGGCCUACCUUCACUUUCCACCUGCCCAAUAUAAACUCGGGCACGCCUACGAAUUUGCCCAGCCCCCCUUCCCCUUUGAUGCGCUGCUGAGCGUGCAGUACUAUUCGUUGGCAAGUCAGCAGGGAGAGGUCGAGGCCGAUAUGGCAUUGAGUAAGUGGUUCCUGUGCGGAGCCGAGGGGGCGUUCGAGAAAGACGAAGCAUUGGCCUGGACGUUCGCUGACAAGGCCGCGAGGAAAGGGCUUCCUAGCGCGAUGUUUGCGAUGGGUUAUUACGCAGAGGUCGGAGUCGGUGGACCCAAGGAUAUUGAGACUGCGACUAAGUGGUAUAGGAAGGCUGCCGACCAGGGCAAUGACGAUGCCAAGGAACGCCUCAACGCGCUCACCGGCCCAACAGCCCAACCUCUCUCUCGACAGGAGCAUGACUCAAUCACGGAGGUCAAGCUCGUCCGCAAGCGUACUCAAGCCAAGCAGCGGUCCGAAGCUCGCCCCACUUCCAACGACUCCUUCCUUGACUCCUACUCCCGCCCGAGCGGGGACUACGGAAACGGACAAUCAGUGAUUGAGAACAUCAGGAAGAACUCGCUGUCAAUGCCCGAAGGAUACCAUCCCCCCUCGCUCAGUCAGCCGCAACACGGGCGUAUGCCUUCCGUUCCAGAGAACAAUACGUAUGGGCUCCAGCAUUCGCCACCGCCCAUGCAGAGCCCGCUUCCAGGCGGUGGUCCCGGGCAACGACCGCCCCCUGCCGCAGGUCCGGGCGUCGGAUUGAGACCUCAGCCGGCUGGGGGAAGGCAGUACCCCGCUGCGCAAAGGUAUACGUUGACGGAUCCCGGCGCUGCCUCCGGGUCACCCCCACCGGGACAGAGACCCACAAGCAGUGGUGGUCGUGCGCCUUCACACUCCCCCCGGCCCUCCCCCGCACGUAUACCUUCUGGAGGAGGCUAUGGUGAGGAUGCCAGCGGUAUGGGUGGUGGCCCUGGUUUUGGAGGUGGAGGAACUUCCCAAGCAAGUACACGGCCCAACAAACAAACGGGAGCGUCGACCUUCGCAGAGAUGGGCUUCCAGGGUGCAAAGGUGGAGGAUAAGGAGUGUGUCAUAAUGUAA